GGGAACAUACGUCACAUUAGCUUCUGAUAUUGUCUCCGUCGUUCUAGUAUUUUUGAUUGUGAUGUGGUUCUGCGACGCUAAUGUAGGCUAGAAAUCGCAUUCUGUAAUCGAUUAAGCAUGUCUGUAGAAGUGCUGUAAACUGACUGGCACUUUCCUGGCAUUAAUCACCAUUAGAUAUCAGCACUGCUAUUAAUUAGGGCUUCAUCAUUUUUAUGAGCUUUUCACCAGUCGCGUGUGCAGAUAUGAGGGGUUUGAAGCGGGCGGGCCUGUUGGUAAUUGGCAUUGACCCCGCCCCCUCCGUACAGGUGUGCUACCUGAUGCCCUCGUCCAGCGCCCGCUGCGCGCAGUUCCCCCGCGCUCAGGACAAGGUGCACUUCUACAUCAAGCUGCUGGAGCUGCGCGACCAGCUGAAGGGCGUGGUCAAGAACAGGGAAGUGGAGGAGGUCAAGUACAGCUUCGACCUGGGAUUGGCCAAAGAGGACGCUAAGAGGCUCGCCAUUAAGGAGGAGCAGUACGACCCCGGGUACGAGAACGCAUUCGGGGGGGCGUACUCUGAGGCAGUGGGCGUGCCCGGGGGCGGAGCCGAGCAGAGCAAUGGGCACUGCAGCUUCUCUGCUGCAGGAGAGACUGAUGUGUCCGGCACGGAGGCCCCACCCGCAGCAGGCGUGGGGAGUGUCCCAGAAGGACGGUGGAUGAUGCAGUCGUUCGCCGAUGAGAUCCCCGACAUCGGCGGCAGCGCAAAGCCUCAGCUGGGGGCGGAGACUGCCUGAGGGGGGAGGAGCCUCUCAGAGGGCAGAGACAGUGCGGUAGGCGGAGCCUCUCAGGACUCCUCCCAGGAAAUGCACAAAGGCUGCAGGUGUAACGCAGCUUCCUGCUCGGAAAAGGCCUCACGCGAGUUACCUGGGUUACCUGUCAGCAGUGAAGGGUCUCCCCUCAUGCUCACCAGCCAAUCAGGGACCACAGAAGGAUGAUGUCACAAACUGCUCCCUCUAUGAAUUGGAAAUAGAUUAGUUUACCAUAUUGGGCAAUUGCUUUGGAUAAUGGUAGUUUUUAUAUAUAAAAAUGUAACGUAAUACAUUGAUUAGAUUUUUUUAAAUGCAAUGUUUUGAAUAAUGAGAAGAUUUUUAAAGAAAUCUUUUUAAGAAAGUAACAUUUUUUGCAAUAAGUGUGAAUGACCUGCUGCCAAGAAAUGACUGCAGGUUUAAUUUCAGGACUGUCUUAAAUCAGGGAUUUCAACUCAAACUUGACUGAUGCCAUUUAUCUAAGGGCAUCCUGCUAAGACUGCAGGAUUUGACCCUUCUACACACACACACACACAGACACACACACACACAUUUGCAUGCACGCAGGGUGAAAGCAAUGUGUUAUUCCUCUACUUGAAAUGGCUGCUGGAGGUGCAUUGUGGGAGGAAACCCACGACAAUUACGCGGUAACAAGAGAUGCAAAGCUGCAGUUUAAGGACAGUAGGCUGGUCGAGGAGAACACCUGAUAUUGGUUUAAAGUUGUAACAUUCUUAUUAUGACCAAUUACAGUCGGUUAUAUGUACGCAUAUACACAUACAGAAAGUGUAUAGAGUGUUGCUCUGAAUAAUAUUCCCCCAGGUAAUGGGGUAAUAUAAUGGCUGUGAUGAUGUUCAGAACCAGGAAAUAUCCAAAUCUUGUAUUUGGAGAGAAACAUACAGACCUCUGCCACCUCUCCCACACCAUGUCCCCGUUCUUAGCUUCCAAUCACCAAAAAGGUCAAAACCACUGUCUGCCUCGCUCACCUGCAGCCUCUUUUAGAGAGCAGCGCCCUGUAGGGAAGAGAAGCUUCAGGAAUAAAAGGCUACGAGAGGAAGGGGGGGUGGGGGGUUCUGGCCCCUCCCCCCUGAGCCUCUGCUGCUCCACACUGCACGUGCUCAGUGCGUCCGCGCUGAUCUGUCCCGGCGGCCUUCAUCGUAUGUUUACAAUAUUUACAUUCUCUUGGUGCUGUAUUUUUUAUUUUAUUUUUUGUUUGUUAUGUUUUACUGUUUCCAAUGUAUGUUUUUAAAAAUGUUAGCAUUUUUUUAGAUGACCCUUGAUGGUCUAUUAAAGGUCCCAGUAGUGA